CUCUCUGUUGGGGUGCACGCGGAUUGACCACUCCUUUGGGGCUUUUUUUUUCCUUGGAUUUCUAGGGGGGGAAAGCUAAUCCACAAUCAUGACUGACGCACAGCAAGAGGCCCGCUCCUACCUGAGCGAUGAAAUGCUGGCUGAGUUCAAGGCUGCCUUCGACAUGUUCGACACUGACGGUGGCGGUGACAUCAGCACCAAGGAGUUGGGAACCGUGAUGAGGAUGUUGGGGCAAAACCCAACAAGAGAGGAGUUGGAUGAGAUCAUUGAGGAGGUGGAUGAGGAUGGCAGCGGUACCAUUGACUUUGAGGAGUUCUUGGUCAUGAUGGUGAGGCUGCUCAAGGAGGACCAGGCCGGCAAGAGCGAGGAAGAGUUGGCGGAGUGCUUCCGUGUUUUCGACAAGAAUGCUGAUGGCUACAUCGACAGAGAAGAGUUCUCCCUGAUCAUCCGUAGCACCGGCGAGCCCAUCACAGAGGACGAGAUUGAUGAGCUGUUGAAAGAUGGAGACAAGAACGCCGACGGCAUGCUGGACUUUGACGAAUUCCUCAAGAUGAUGGAGAAUGUGCAGUAAACUACACAUACUCAUGGACAUUCCUCCUCAUCCCUGUAAAUCCCCCCUAUUCAGAAUUCACAUGGCUCACCUAUGAUUCAUUCACUCUCCAUCCUCACUCACCCUGAACAGAAAGAUUACACACCCUGAAACUUGGGGGAGUCUGUAUUGAUUGGGUGACUUUUUAGUUCAUGCAGACAGCUAACGGAUGCUGUUUUAAGAAGUCUGCGGCUGACCCAGAUCCAGUACGACCCCCCCUUGCCCAACUUAUUUUCUUCAAGCUCUACUCUAGAUGUAGUCUAGAUAGAACAACAACAUAUCACUUAGACCAAUUCAAUCAACGCCACUUCACUGUACAAAGAAGUUACCGGCUAGAGUAGAAAAAAGAAUAAACUAACAACAUGCUCACUUGUAGUCUGUCAUAUUAACAGUCUGUAAAAUGUUGCUUGAGGAAUAUCAUUAAAAUA